AUUGGCAAAUUAGCAAUAAUGAAUCCAGGAAUGAUAGUUUCAUUGGUAAUUUCACAAUCAGGAAAACAGCUAUCAAAUUAUAGUUUGUUGUGCAAGUACAAUUUGACUAUGCCAAUACUAGUUUAACAUAUAAUUUUUACUAUUCCGUUUAUCUUAUUCCAGCAACCAGAACCUGAACCUGAUAGCUCAAAACAUUGUCAAUAUGCAUGCAAGAUAAGUCUGCAAGUUUUAGUUUUGCUAAAGCCUCAGAUACUGCUAGAACAGAUCGGUCUUCAUUCACCAAAGGCUAUUUUCUAAACAGAGAGACUCUGGUUGCUGUUCUACUUCUGAUUGAUGCGAGUGUCCCUCCUCGGAAGACCGAUCUAGACUGCGCAAACUGGCUUGGACGCAACAAUAUACCAAUGACAUUUGUGUUCACAAAGUGUGACAAAAUGAAGGCAAGCAAAGGAAAAAGGCCUGAUGAGAACAUUAAGGAUUUUCAAGAAGUGAUUAGAUAAAAUUAUAAGCAACAUCCCCAAUGGAUCAUGACUAGCAGUGUCACUGGUCUUGGCAGAGAUGAGCUUCUCCUACAUUUGUCACAACUAAGGAACUAUUGGGAUCAAUAGUACUGGACUGGUUUACUAAGUUUAAUGCACAAGUCAAAGCAUAUACAACUAAUGAAUAAUUGGCUUAAAUAUAUAUUUGGUAUCUA